AUGGAAUCCCCCAUGGACAGCGACUCUUCGGACGAGCUAGCAGUUUCUCCCGAGAUCGCCCCGGCAUCGGGAACAGAUCGCCAGGAACCCCAGCCACCCGGAACAGGGGCUCGAGAAGGCGCCGCUGGCCCGGCCUCCCUAGGACUUGACCUAAAAACAACGCUAGAGAAUAUAACCAUCGUCGGUAGUCGAGUCUUAAUUGACAUCGACGCAAUCGUCAAGAGUUGCUGUCUUCCCAAGUUCGAAGCCGAGCUACAGCAACAAAAAGAGGAAGACGAGGCCGCAUUUAACACCACUGGAAAGCAACUCCUCUUUGCCAGCAAGAAACCCAAAAUCAUACCGGAUAAGAUCGUCAAGGGGCGUUUCCAGGAGCUCAAGCAGUCAAUUUUUAGCUUCGCUAAGCAGACCACUAGUCCGUCAACGCCAGAGCUUCAUGUCCUUGCUCUGAGCUCUGAGAUAGCUACGCUUGUUCAUGGCGCAUGUUUCUCUCCAGAUUCCAAGUUGUUUGGGUAUGGUGACCACUUGGGAUCCCAAAAUCCCCUGUACCUCUUCGAAAAAUACCUAAGAGACUCUGGUUGUGAUCAAGCCGCACUCUCCGUCUUCACCGAGAGUACCCUCGACGAAGCCUCCGAAGUCAUCGCUCAAUCCGUCUUGCAGUCCCUCUGCCGUAAAUACGGCAUUGAUUCCCCGCCAUCUGACAAGAUGCCAAAGGAUCUCAAAGAUAUGUGCUCCCACGCCAUCCGCCUGGCUCUUGACCUCCGCUCUACCGGUAGCGAAUAUGUCUGGGAGCAGACGCUGUUGUCGAGGAUCGACGGGGAAGAAUACAACCCGGAGAGGGAUUUUAUGGUAGGAACCGAGGAACCCGAUAUUAGCGAUGAUGAAGACUUGGAUGUUUCGUUGGUUGUGUUCGGGGGCGUGGUGAGAGGCGAUCGAGAAAGUGGGUUGCUGAAGAACGGCGUCUUUAGAAUCUCCGAGGCUCAUGUUGUGGUAAAGCGAAGGGGGAAAAAAACAGUCUUAAAUGGAUAG